UGCAAUAUUUUCCCCCUCACUGCAUGCUAGUGAACAAAGCGAAGGAGAAGAUGUCCGGGCAGGGAACCCUCUCCCUGCUCACCUGCAUGGCAGCCAUUGCUGUCUCUUCAAUGGCUUUCAACAUUGAUGAAACAAACCCAAAUAUCUACAAAGGGGAGGAACAGGAUUUCUUUGGAUACAAAGUCCUGCAAUUCAUAUCUGGCAAGGAGAAAGGGGUAAUGGUCAGUGCGCCACAUCAGAAGAAUGGAUCUGGUGGAAUCUGUAGAUGUGCUCAAGACCUAACAAACUGUACAGACUGUUACACUCCUGAAGAAACUGACACAAUCAAGUACAUUGGACUGUCUAUGGCUGGACAAUCUACUUCUCCUCCAACGUUCACUGCCUGCAGCCCUGGCCUGGCACACGAGUGCGAUGGGAACUCCUAUCUGAACAGUAUCUGCUAUCAGUUCAACAGCCAGCUCCAGAUCACCUCUAACUUCACGCCUGCCUUCCAAGAAUGUACUAAGAAAAUAGUGGACCUCGUUUUCCUCUUUGACGGAUCAGGAAGCAUGACAGAGGACGAAUUUGAAAAGAACAAAGGUUUCAUAAACAAUAUCAUGACAACCCUAAAAAACUCCUCAAUCAAGUUCGCAGCGGUUCAGUUCUCAUCAACAGCCAGGACAGUUUUCGACUUCAAUGACUACCGAGAGGGGAGAGCCUUGACUAAUCUUAUGGAAGAAGAGCACAUGGCUCUUCUAACCAAUACACAUCAGGCGAUAGACUUUCUCUUGAAAAACAUUUUUGAAAACCAAGCUGCCGGCGCCACCGCAGAUGCAACUAAAGUACUGGUCGUAAUAACAGAUGGAAAUCCCAGUGAUACUGAUAGAAAUUAUAACUCUAUCAAAAGAAGUGAUGAGAAAAACAUAAUCCGUUUCGUCAUCGGGGUCAAGAAUGUCGAUUUGAAGAAACUCAAGUCCCUGGCAUCAGAGCCAAAAGAGAACAACACUUUCCUCAUCCAGGACUACAACGGACUAAAAGGAAUCCUAGACAACUUUCAAAAAAAGAUCUUCAACAUUGAAGGUUCCAAGACUGCUCUGGCUGGAAACUUGACUAAAGAGAUGUCUCAGAGUGGGUUCAGUGCUGUCUACAGUAAAAAGGACACCUUGGUUUUGGGCUCAGUGGGAUCAAACAACUGGCGUGGAUCCCUCUUUGAGACUGAGGGUCUGAGAUCAGAGGAAAGGGAAAUUCAGGACCCCACCUUGGACAAAGACUCCUAUAUGGGAUACUCUGUAGCUGUUGGGAAGAAGAAAGAGAACCUUCUAUAUUUUACCGGAGCACCAAGAUCUGAACACAUGGGACAGAUCCUACUUUUCAACAAGGUUAACAACAACUGGACUGUGGCACAAAGAUUGUCUGGAGAACAGAUGGGCUCCUACUUUGGGGCAGAGCUGUGUUCUGUGGACAUAGACUCAGACAGCAACACAGACUUCCUCCUGGUGGGUGCACCAAUGUUUCACCAACCUCCGAGAGAGGGCAGGAUCUACGUUUACACACUGACCGAUAAGCUGGAACUGAGGAUGGAGAUGAAUGUGUCAGUGCCGUCUCAGGGUAGAUUCGGCUCCUCCAUCUCCUCUCUCACAGACCUGAAUGGAGAUGGCCUGAAGGAUGUAGCUGUGGGCGCUCCACUUGAGGACGAUAGCAGGGGGGCCGUGUACAUCUACCUGGGUGAAAAGCUAAGGGGGAUCCGCCCUGAAUUCAGCCAGCACAUCUCAGCUGCAAUGAUAAGAUCUAAGCUCCAGUUCUUUGGCCAGACGAUUGAUGGGAAGAUGGACCUGGGUGAGGAUGGACUGACUGACAUCGUAGUAGGAGCGCGUGGCGCAGUUGUCGUCUUGAGGUCCAGACCGGUCCUCAGCGUGUCCACUCAUCUCCACUUCCAUCCCUCGGAGAUCAGCACUGAUAACUUUGACUGUCUUGCAAGAGAGACCAUUUCCCCCGUGGUCACUUUAACAGCCUGCUUUAACAUGGCAGAGGCAACAAAGAGUAAAGCUGGAGCGCUGAGUGCAGGGAUGAACAUCUCUUACUCGCUGGAUGUGGAUCCAGUGAGACAGAGGAGCCGAGCCUUUUACAGUGACACGAACAAAGGGGCCAGAAGACUUGGCUCUACUGUGGAGCUGAGAAAGGAGCGGACCUGCUUCAACCACUCAGUCUACAUGACACAAUGUGUGAUCGACACAUUAUCGCCCAUUAUCAUCCAACUUAAUUUUUCUCAAUCUGAAAGCCAACAAGAGGGUCCUACUGCCAUUCUGAAUACUGAUAGUCCUACACAGGCUGUGGUCGAGGUACCCUUUGAAAAGAACUGCAAAGAAAAUGAAACCUGUGUGGCAGAGCUUGAGGUGGACUUCAACUUUAUCACCUCAACUUUAUUAGUGGUGGACCAGAGUUACUUCAACGUGACUAUAAGAUUGUCCAAUCAUGGGGAUGACUCCUACAACACCAGUCUAACCCUCCUCUACCCUCCUGGCCUCUCAUUCUCCAUGAUGCAUCUUCUGAAGUCUACAAGGAGAACUGUGUUCAGCUGUGGUGGCCUGGAAGGUGAAAUGGACAGAACUACAUGCAGUGUCAGCAUACCUGUCUACCGUAGUAAAACUACAGCAGUGUUCACCAGUAAAUUCCAUAUUUUGAAUACAUACGACUGGAAUGACACAAUGGAAAUGACCGUCAUCGGACUGAGCGACAAUGGAAACUCAACCAAUAGUUCCCUUACCAGGACCAUCCCUGUUCAAUUUGCAGUUGACCUGGUAGCAAAAGCCCUUCCUCAAGACUCCAUCACUUACAUUAACUUUACUCUGGAGAAUAAAUUACCCAAAACACUGGUGAAUGUAUAUGAGGUGCAGAACCUGGGUUUUAAGUCUGUACCCGUCACAGUCGCAUUCACUUUCCCAACUAAGCUUGAGCACAAAUUUGAAAUGAAGGACUACCAAAUAUCUGUCUUACAGAACCAUACUCAAUGUGGAAAGGUUAUCAAUUCAACAACAGAGUACUGCUCUCCAGAAAAAUACUGCAAGUCCAUCGAGUGUGAAAGUUUCCUUUUGGAGAAGUUUUCGACAGUUACAUUUGUGCUGUCUGGAAAUGUAGCCUUCAAGGACCUUGAACAACAUGCAAGGAGCAUGCCAUUGCCAAAGAAAUACACUGGGGAUAGAGAAACAGUCCAUUUCAGCAGUUUUGUCAAACUCAGCUAUGACAAAAAGCGAUACAUCCAGACAGCGAGUGAGACAGAGGAUAAAGGGGACUCUACGAGCUUCCACCAAACUCAGAUUGAUGUUCAGGCUGAGAUCAUCAUUCCUCCACAUAGACAGCUGAUAAUAGGGACAGGAGUUGGAGUAGGAAUCUUCCUCCUGAUCAUCGUCACAGUGGCCAUGUAUAUGAUGGGAUGCUUCAAGAGAAAAACGCUUGUUGAUAAUGAAGGGGAAUAGAGUGAGCAAGAUGACGCUGCUCAGCCUAACAACAUCUGUGCUAACAUAUCAGAGAAGCAGCCACAGCCUGAGAGAGAGCCUGAGAGUGGAGCAGUGGAGUCAAAACCUCUCCUUGACGACAGUCAGACAGAAAACAAUGGCUUCCCAACUAGCAGUGAGGCGGUAGGGGAGGGACCAAAAGAGAAACAGGAUGUGUCAGAGUCAGAAGCAGGCUAAAGGAGUAGUAGUCUGAAACCUGUAUUUAUGGAAAAUAUGUUUGAAAAGGGUAUUUUAAAUGUUUGAAAAGGGUAUCUUAAAUGAUAUUGUAAAUUGGAAUUGACAAUUAUGUAUUUCAUUGAGUUAUCAGAAUUGUAUGGGAAGGUCUGCUCAAUCCAAGAUUACAACCAAUUGAUUACAGCAUUAUCCCCAAAAUGGAGGAGUUAGGUGGCGGUGGGAGGAGGUAGGGAACUGGUCUGUCUGCCCAAUAUAAAGGAUCCAAACUGGCAGAGGAAUAAAAAUAGCAUAAAUAGGAAAGUAUACCAGUUUCAUUUGAGGACCAGGAAGUUGACAGCUGUGCCAUACAGAUUGCUAAAUAGUUGGGAAGAUGUUUUUUAAUGUACCGAUUCCAUGGUACAGUGUGUAUGAGUUGAUAUAUAUAACGACGCAAGAUUCAAGACUUUGUGCUUUUCAGCUAAAAUUAUUGUACAGAAUUCUUGCCAACAACAACACGUUGAAUAUUUGGGGCGUACAAUCAUCGCAGCUCUGCAGAUUUAGUUGUGAGCAUACAUAAUCAAUAGACCAUUUGUUUUGGUAUUGCCCUCAGGUAGCCUGUUUCUGGACUCAGGUUCAGGAAUGGCUGAAAAUUGAAUU